AUGCCUGUGCCCACCAGGCUAUUCGUGGAGGGACGGUUCAUUGGGUACAAGAGGAGCAAAGUUAAGCAGCGAACUCAGUGGGCGCUGCUGAACAUUGAUGGCGUGGCUUCGAAAGAGGAGGCAGUGUGGUACCAGGGGAAGUACGCCGCCUAUGUCUACAAGGCCCUGACGAAGAAGGGCAAGGAGAAGAUGACCAAGCGCGUAAUCUGGGGCAAGGUGUGCAGACCACACGGGAACAAGGGAGUCGUCAGGGCUCGCUUCAAGAGGAACCUGCCGUCACAGGCAAUGGUGGGCACACCCUUGCACAAGUCCAUAUCAUGCCUUGGGGUGCCGUCAUCAUCCCCAUUGUUGUCAGCUGAGUCGUGGGUGCUGUCUGGCUGGGAUCUGCCCAAUGGAUGA